AUGGAAUUAGUUAAUGAGCCAAAAAUUGAGCAGGAAGUAGAGAUAAUUAAAUUGGAAGAGGAAAAAGAAAAAGAAAAGGCAAACAAGCCAAAAGCCUCUGCUUCAAAAGUUGAAAAUGGGAAAAUUGAGAAAAGUAACAGUAUAAAUCCGCGUAUUCUAUGGAAACUUGUGCGCAUAAGAGAAACACCUAGGAUUGAAAUUAAACUUUGCAAAAAAUGUGCCAAUGCGCUUUACAAUGAUAAAAAUAAAUUCACUCAGAAGGAAAAUGGAAACAUCGGAAUCUGCUUUGAAAUAUGCGAAACCUGCGCGAAGCUAAAUAUGCAGCUCAAGGAUAUUGUUGCUGACUGGGAUGAAAAGAAUAUACAGAAAUUGAAAAAGUGA